GAAGACUUUAUCUUGUGACCGAGACAGCUGGUUCUCCCUUCCUUGAGCUUGGAGCCUCAGCAGCGAUGCGUUUCUUGGCCGUCUCGUUCCUGUUCCUGGCACUCAGUGCCUCCGCCCUGGCCGAGCCGGUGAAAUUCAAGGACUGCGGUUCUGGGGUUGGAGUUAUAAAGGAAGUGAAUGUGAGCCCAUGUCCCACCCAGCCCUGCAAACUGCACAAAGGACAGUCUUACAGUGUUAAUGUCACAUUCACCAGUAAUACUCAGUCUCAAAGUAGCAAGGCUGUGGUACAUGGCAUUGUGAUGGGCAUCCCAGUUCCCUUUCCCAUUCCUGAGUCUGAUGGUUGUAAGUCUGGGAUCAGAUGCCCCAUCGAAAAAGAUAAGACCUAUAACUACGUGAACAAACUACCCGUGAAGAGUGAAUACCCCUCCAUAAAAGUGGUGGUGGAGUGGGAACUCACGGAUGACAAAAACCAACGUUUCUUCUGCUGGCAGAUCCCAAUAGAGGUUGAAGCCUAGAGCUGUUCAAUGCCAAUAUGUCCAUCUGGCGGUGAGAGAGCACAGGUGGAGGGAGGGAAGGAGAAAUCAAGUCUAAACUCAAUCAGUGCCAUAAGAGGAAAGGAAUUUUCAGACUGCCGUUUUGUGCCUCUCAACCUCCAAAAGCGUCUAAGACCCUGUACCUGAGAGCUUGGCACUGUCGCCCUAUAUUAUCCUUUGUAAAAGGGUUGGAUUAUCCAACUUUUCUUUCCACGAGAAAGUGAGACUGCAGGGAUUGAUUCAGUUGUCUUCAGGUUUCGGAGGGUUUUUGUUGGUUUUGGCGGGUUUUGUUUUUGGUUUGGAUUUUGUUUGUCUUGUUGUUUUGCUUUUGGAAUAAGGAGGGUGUCACCAGACAGAACCUGAAUGAAGCUGCUUGGGGGCCACUGGAUAACUUGCCCUAGGGCUGUCGGCCCUUGCAGCAGAGGAUGGGUUCCAGACCGCGUCCGUCUACCUGGGAUCACACCUGCAAGUUCCUUGUCUCCAUGUGCCUCGUUGAGCUCAGUGCAUCUGGCCAGUGAGCCUCCUCACCACUAGCUCCAACUGUUUCUCUGGCCGUGACUUGCUCUGCAGCGGCGUCACCAAAAUUUCUCUGCGGUUAGCUCAUGUCUCCUUUUCUAUCUUAGGUCGUUUUCAUUAAUUGCAGCAUUUGAUUAGCAGGUGUUUUGAUUUUUUUUUUUAACAAUACUAACUUGUGACCUCUUUAUGCAUGUCUCUUUGAAUAAACAAACACUUGGCAAUCUUCUGCAUUUGA